GAGGAUGGCAUCAUAUUACAUCAACAUUUGGGAGCAACUCGCGAACGUUUGGCUCUUCACGUUCUGAACUCGUUUGGUGAGAUCGUACCUGAGCACGUGGAAACGAGGCCACUUUAUACUGCUAUACAACCUGAUAUGGAGCAAGUAUGUUCAACCCUUUUUUAAAGAGGCAUUGUCCCUAACUUCUCCAUACAAGUUACACCCGUAUUCAUAAAAUCGUAAAAGCGCUUGCCGUGUAGGAGUUCACACCAUCCUUCUUUUCUUAUUUUAGGGUAAACUGCAGUUAUUUGUCGACAUCUUCCCUAAACAUAUUGGUGCACCAAAUGAUCCUGUUGAUAUCGGUCCCCGUGUUGCUGCCAAGUAAGUAGAGAAAUCUUAAGAAAGCAGAGGGUAACAGGAAGGUAGAGGCCUUCAAAGCAAUUUGGGAUAAGUCAGUGAUGAAGUCAUAUUUUAUUUCAUUUUCACUCGACUAUUUUACUAUUUUAAAGUUAUUUUUUACAUUUUUAGAUACGAACUCCGUGUUAUUGUUUGGAACACAUCCGACGUCUAUUUGGAAGAAAGUAAUCUUGUUGGCGAACAGAUGAGUGAUAUUUAUGUCAAGUGGUAAAAACUGUGAUAUCAUUGUUUAGAGCAAUUUCUGAUUAUUUCUGACACGAAGAGCAAACGCUGGUUUCAUUUGAACGUAAGUGCUAAUAUUGUGUUAUCUUUUAGUUGGAUAGCUGGAAUUGAAGACAAAUUGAAGACGGACACACAUUAUCGGUAACCAAAUACACCCUUCUGGAAAGAAUGUCACCUUCGCUAUAGGGCCUCGUUUUCGUGUUUGAGAUGUUGGACUUUGGCUUAGUGUCGUACUUUUCGAAAGGGUGUAUAAUCUAAUCACUUUACUUAUACCCCAUUCACACGAUACCGGCAUGGAUUAUAUUCCGCUUUGACAAUAUGCUGCACAAAUCAGUUAAAAUAGACAGAAUAAAAUAUCCAACAACACCUUUUGCAGUUUUGUUAAUUUCAUUUUGCAUAACCGUAAUGAAAUUCUUACGGUUAGGGGUACACGGCACUCUGACGGUAGAAUUUCGUUCCGUUUUCAAACUCUUGUGGUUUGCAUACCGUUUUCAAACUCUUACAGUUUGCGUUACGGUUUCACAUUUUUCAUACCGGCAUCGUGUGAACGCAACCCCUACAAACCUAAGAAUUUUGUACCGUUUUCAAACUCUGCCGGUAUCGUGCGAACGGGGUCUUAUUCUAUACUGUACCUCUAUCAGCAAUAAUGUCUAAGCUUCCCAUUCUAGAAGUUGCUAUAAGGCCAUAAUGGUAUGCCGAAAACACGCCUACUUUAUAGCCACAAACCUUUGAAAAAGCGAGAUGGUACACAUAAAAAACGCUGCUGCAAACAUACAGCCUAUUUGCAUGCUUAUCAUCUUUUUAUCUUACAACUUACUUCAGAUCUUUGAACGGUGAAGGUAACUUCAACUGGCGUAUGUUGUUCCCAUUCGACUAUCUCGAAGCUGAGAAAAUUAUGGUAGUGAAGAAAAAGGUACGAUAAUGUUGAUCUUGUUGUUAUUUUACAAUGGCGGACACAUGGUUGGAAUAUGAAUGUAGAUUUCCGUCCUGUUUCAGACUUCCUGCAAGUUUGUUCCAACAAGUCCGAUACAGUCAUGAUAUAACAAUAUUGUUGCAACCUGGUGUCGUCAUCUUGUAACAUUCUUGUAAUAUCAUGAGUGUAUCAGACUUGUUAGAACAACCUUGUAACAAGUCUGAUAGACUGAUAAUGCCAUUAAGCUUGUUACAUGUUGUUAACAGCUUGUUCCAACUUGUUACAACAACUAGAAACAAGCAACGCGAACACAACUUGUCGAUAUAGCUUGUGAAUAGAUUUGUAACAACUUGUUUGCAGACCUGUAACAACUUGUGUGUUUUUAGGUGUGUAAAUGGUUGUUUUAAAUCUCACCUGUAUUUCUCCAUAGCUUCAUUUCUGGAGUUUGGACACAACUGAAGAACGUCUUCCACCUCGUUUGGUUAUUCAAGUCUGGGACAACGACACUUUCAAUCCUGACGAUUUCAUUGGUUAGUUAUUUGUAUAGAACGUGUGAAUAUUGAAUUCGACAUUGCAUGUACUUAUUCUUUAGAACGGAAUGAUGCCCAAAGCUUACUCGCUUUAGAAAAAUACAAUCAAAUCCCAGUUACAUUGUGACACAUUACCAAGGUGGAACUUCACCAGUGAGCCGCCAAACUCCUUUCUUAUAAUCGAUAGCUAAGGCGGAGUUAUGCACAUGGCCUCAGGGUAUAAUUUGAUUUUGACUUUUCGUUUAGGUUCAGUUGAUCUGCCCCUUGAUCAACUCCCCUCACCAUUCUCGAAGCCCAACAAGAUCAAGGACAUCAACUGUCUCGAAGGAAGAAAGGUUGUAUCUCUGUUCGAUUUGAAGCAAACGUAUGGUUGGUGGCCUGUGUUUGGGGAGAUUGAAACUAAAGGAAAGAAAGAUCCCGCUUUAAUGGUAAGGAUCCAGCCUAGUCCCAGGCUCUCUCUCCAUUCGCUGCUUUGAUAUAUUUAAAUAAGUCUUAAACGUUUUAUGCCUGGGUGUGCUGUGCGGAACGCUUCAGCGAGAGAGCCUAGCAGAUUUCGGUAAAAUGGUCCCUGAUUUCAAAAAAGUGGUCCCUGGCCUGGUUACCAAGCAUACCGCAUUUGUAAAUAGAAAAUGUUAUGGAAAUUUCCUUUGCGUUUAUAAUUAAGUCAUUAGUUCUGCUCUAAUGCUGUCGGAACAAUGAAAUUGGUUACGUUUCGCUACCAGAAUGGAAUAACGGGCUAAAUAUGACUCGUGUUUACUAAAAUAUAUAUCCCAUAUUAAAUUAUAUCUAGAAACUUGAAAAUUAUGCCGAGUCAACUAAAAAUGUUUCGACAACACAGUCAUGUCAGGCAAAUAUUUCCAAUCUCUUCAGCUACUUAAAACUGUCAAGUAGAAAGCGUAGUUGUGUAUACCAGUAUCAUGGUCUACUGCUGAUCACAACUUGCGGGUAUAUAAAUAUCAUCAACGAUUAUACGACCAUUGCUCAGACUCAGCGUCGUAAAUUUGUAUAUAUUUUUUAAUUGAGCACAUUUUUAAUACAGUUUGAAUUUGGUUAUGUAGAGAUCGAACAUGAUCAACGAACAUUGUCGUAUUUACAAGGUUAUUUGUAUAUAUAAAUUUUCCGCCAUAUUAAAAAUACUGAAAUCCGCUAGGCGUUCUGAAGCACCUUUAGCGGUGACAUCACACCUAGGUCCCAGUCUCGUACUACAUACACGUUUUUUUCUCGCGCUUGCUUCAGAACGACUGGAACUAGGCAUUUUCGAGUAUUGAGUGAAAACGUUAUCUGUUUUAAUUUUUCCUGAUUUAAAUUUUGUGGGGGUUUCUUGAUGCAGGGUAAAGUUGAGCUGACGAUGGAGUUGUUAAGUGAACAAGAGACGCUCGAGAAACCAACAGCAAACGCACGUGACGAACCAAAUUCUUAUCCAACCUUACCUGAACCCAAGUAAGUCGUACAUCCUGUCAUUUACGAUUCAUGAAAACGGGGCUUCCAGGCCACAGAGGGAUUUGUGACGCAAUGUAUUUUCAAACCAACAUCUUUUCAUAUUAAGUUCUUUUGUAGUUUUGCAUGGUGAUAGUGUAAUGGAAAUGCAUGGCAUGGAAACGCCACGUAUGUUGCAAAGUCACAUUCAAGACACGUAAAACUAGGGAAUUCGUCCUAAGGCUGUAACGAAAAAACAUUUUAGACUGUUUCGCAUAAUUUAACUUUACUUUUUAAUUCUAUAUCACAGACGUCCUGCCACAUCAUUCUUCUUCCUUACAUCACCCUGGAAAUCAUUUAAAUUCAUCAUUUGGAAGAACUUCAAGUGGUAUAUCAUUGGUGCCAUUCUUCUACUGUUGUUGAUUGGAAUCAUCGCUCUGUUCCUUUAUUCAAUGCCGGUAGGUUUAAAUUUUGUAUUUAUGUAUGCAGUUUAUAGAAUGAUGUUGUAGUUAUAUUAUGUUAUUCUUCUUUAACCCUGUCGCUUGUAAUAUUUUCAACGUUUUGUUUACCCUGACAUGUCCACCUUCAGUUCUUUGCUGAUCAGAUCCUCUUUUGCACAGUCAAAUCAUCUAUUCUGUCUACUCUGCCCCUUCUUCCGUUACUAUACAGUUUCUGACCAGCACCCCUCCUUGGUACGUAUCCAUUUAGCCCCUCGAGUUAAGGUGCAUUAUCUUCUUAAUUUUCUUAUAAGGGCUAAAUUUGUACAAUUUUUCUUCGCCUCUAUUUAUAUUUGUUCCCAAAUUAUUAAAUGAUUUAACAACUUUCCUUCCAGGGUUAUACCGUCAAGAAAAUAUUCAAUGUCUAAACUGCAGUCCACAAAGACUUUAAAAAUGGGGUUAACAGUUAGUGAAUACAAUCGCCUAGCACUUAUAUUAAUAUGCCUUCAUUUCUACAAUAGUUUUCGACUUUAAGAUUCCUAUAUCGUCCUUUAUUUAAAGGAGUGUGCUUCCCCUAAUGGCGUGCAUUCCAUAGAUAGUCUAAUUUUUUCUUCCGUACAAUGAGAGUAAAUGUGCUUUGCACAGAUUUAGUAUUUUUGUUACCUAGAAUUACUUAUUGAAUAAAUUAAAUGGAAUUAUACCUUGAUUUGCCAA